UUCACUGCUCGAAAUUACGAUGCAUUAAACUAAUUUCUCCAGUCUGCAGUCUGAAAGUGAAUCCUGAACGUUACCACCGAAUUUCCGCAUCACAUUUAGCAUUUGAAAUGCUUUGCUGGGCUGUUGAGGAUAAAAAUUUAUUAUCGCGCUUCCCCAGUAUAUAUGCAAAAACGGAAUCCGUUAAAGAGUUAAUGUUGAAAUCGAGUAUACCCAUUUAUCAUGCCACAUCAUAUCUCGAGAAUCGCAUCUUCGAUCAUCGUCUGGUCAAAGACAACCUGCUGGACAAGUGGCCCACCGAAAACAGCACCGUGCACGAGUACAUUGAGCGCAAGGACCACAGGAAUCUGGCAGAGUCAUAUCCAUGGAGUACGGCUGGUGCGCCGCCUUGCAUGGAGCCUGUCUCGGGACCGUCGGUGCCACCGCGUGUUGGCAUAUCUUAUCAGACCAAUCAUCCGCAUCCAUGGCGACCGACAUUGGCGUACGAAAUGAUUGAGGUCAAGAACUUAGCUGAGCAACCAGUAACCAAUCAGUUAGUUAAGCCGUGCUUUUCACCCUCCGGCAUGACUACAGAGCCCAUGAACUUUCCCAACUUAGUGACGGGUUUCGAACGCAAUCCACAGCAUGCUGCGCGUGCGGCGCUCUUCACACGCUACACCAACAACGAAUGGGUUAAUAGCAAUCUUACCAAAUAUGCCGAAUCCAAUAUAAAUCGUAAUCAAUCGGAGCGCUUGCGUAACGAUGCCGUGCGUUUAAUGCGCGAAACCGAUGAGAAGACUUCGCAAGGGCAGCGUGAUGCCGGACGGCGUUUAGGUGAACGCAUAACGGACGUAACAUUCUGGCGCAACGAGUUGAAUACCGAGCUGGAUAAAUUGGUUUCGGAAUCUGCGGCGAUUUCCGACCUAAAGCGCCGUUGCGGCAAAGCCAUGUUGGACUUAGAGGCGCCUCUGCAUAUAGCGCAGGAGUGUUUGUAUCAUCGUGAGGCGCGUGCGGGUGUGGAGAAGGUGCAUGACACGGCUGAGAAGGCACUGCUGUUAGAGAUCGAUAAUAUAAGAAAUUCGCGCGAUAAGCUCAAGGAACUACAUGAAAAGAUCACAAGACAAGCUAAUGACUGCCGUGCCGCUCAGCACUUGCUGGAGGAAGAUGUCGCGCACAAAGAGUCAACACUAGGUAUUGACUCCGUUUGCCACCAGUUGAAUAAUUAUAGCCGUGGUAUCACGUACUAUGGCGGCAUUGAAAAAUACGAUCCGAGCAUAAGCACACAAGAAUCGUGGGCUGAGGCGAGCAGUCAACGCGUUAGCAGAUCUCAAGCCGAGCGCGCCAAGCUCUCUCAACUACGCAGCGAUGCCGAAACUAUUGUUAAUGCCAUCGCUCAAUCCGUCUGGGAUCAUUGGAGUAACACGAAUAAUGCUUUGGAUCGUCGUGCACAAGAGAUGAACGAGUCCAAGAAUAAGAUACAGUUACAUUUGCAUAAGGUGCAACAGGAAUUAUUCGAUCUGGAAAAGCACAUUUUCUUAAUACAAAAAGCGAUACAAGAUAAAUCGAAUCCUUUGAAGGUCGCACAAACGCGUUUGGAAGCGCGUUCACAUCGCGAAGGCGUGGAGCUAUGCAAGGACUGGGCUCAAUUGCGGCUGGUACAAGAAGUACAAGACAUACAAGAUACCGUUAAAAAUCUGCAUCACAAGUUGCAGGAAGCUGAGGCUCAGCACCAGAACUUACUAAAAACCCGUUCCACACUCGAGGCGGACUUGCGACGCAAAGUGAAUGCCUUGUUUAUAGAUCGUGAAAAGUGUAUGGGACUUAGACGCUCGUUCCCCGUAAAUAAUUUGAUAAAAUAUUAAAUUGUAAAUGUUGGAAAAAUUGUUAGUUUGUAAAUGCAAGUGAAUAAGUGGAAAAUUCGAGGUAGUUAAGAAAGCACAUAAAAAAGUGCUGGUCCAUUUAUGUCAAUUAAAAUUAAUAGUAAUUAUUUGCGAAAGAUAA